AUGGCAAUAUGGGGUAAAAUUGGAGGAUGGAAAGAUAAUGCAUACGUUUAUAGUUCGAAAAAUGGUUGUUCUACAUUAAAGUUUUUUAUGGGUCAUUCAUGGGCUGCAUACAUGACAAAUUUAAAUCUAAGUGCUACGCAACAGUGUCCAGUCAGCAAGGGUGAAUACGUGAUGAAAGGGUUUGAUGUUAAUGAGCUACAAAAUACGAAUCUUCCCAAACAGUUUUUUUAUGGCUCAUACAAAUUUCGAUUGUACUACACAGAUUAUACAGGAAAGAUUAUCGGUUGCUUAAUUGUCAUUGUUGAUGUUGUUAGACCAUGGGAACAUGACGUUAAAUAACGCUAA